GGAUGUCUCACUUGUUAGUUGCCGAUCGUUGAUUGAGGGUGGUGUGUGAUUCUGUUAGUUACUUAGUACUUGUAAAACCGUGAUGCUGUGCUACUGAUUAAGUCCUUGUCAUUUCGGAAGAAGAAACAGGAACGAACCAUACAAAAUGUUUCGGCAGUUAUUCAUUGUGAUCUCGUUGGCGUACUUCGUGUAUUCGGCCCCGCAGGGAGCCGAUAAGUAUGAAGCUUAUCAGUAUCAGUACGAGGUUAAGGAUCCGGAAAAGCAACUGUUCUUUGAUAAGAACGAAGCGGGAGAUGCAUCUGGCAAGGUAUCCGGCCAGUACUCGGUUUGGCUCCCUGACGGACGCCUGAUGACCGUCAAGUACAGCGUCGACAAGGAAAGUGGCUACGUUUCCGACGUGGACUUUAAGGAAAAUGCCAACCCACUAUCUGGAUAAUCUGGGUAAUCAGCGCCAUUUUCGCCAUCAUCAUCAUCAAUGACUGGAACGGAUCGGACUCAUCACAUCAUCGCAGCAAAAGGGAGGAGAUAUAGGUGAUUCUUAAUUUCUAGGUUAUUCAAUGGGAGCACUGCGCGGUUAAUACUCAUUUUGUUACCAUUUCAACACACACAUACACAUACAUACUGACACACGCGCACAUCUACAACAAUUUAUCACAUGCGGAAGGUGAUUAGUAGAAACAGUGGAAGAGAGUGACACCAACUAACAUCAUCGAUCGAGCGGCAUCUUUGUACAGUUCUUUUCAAGUUCUGUUUUCUCUAGGUCAAAUACAAAUAUAGAUAAAAAAAAAACUCUUC